AUGUCGCGGGCACAACGCACCACUCGGCCCAAAAAGUUAGGACCCAAAGUCAGCGUUCAGAUCUUUCGUGAAGAUCAAGUCGACAGUCUUAUCGAUUAUGAUUCUCAACGUGCUGCAAUAGAAACUGGUGUUGAAAAGGCUGAGGAGUCGGAAUACCAUCUUCAACAGGCCAUCAAAGCGUCUGAAAUAGCAAAGGUUGAUGCAAAAAUCAAAGAUGCAUACAUUCCCACCCCACCUACCAUCGCCAGCGAUGUUCAAUAUGAUGUCCUCUAUCCAACGGGGUUUCAACAACCCGCCACGUACAUCCGCUCCUCUGCCACAGUCGAAGAUUGUGCAGGGGUGGCGUAUUGCAUGGACGAAGAGGAUGAACUUGCCUUGAAAUUGAUCAAUGGAAGGUUACCUGCUGGCCAGGAACCUUGUACCGAAGACCAAUUUGAAGAGGUCAUGAACUUCUUCGAAGAGACCGCUCAAGCGAAACAACCGUUUGCUGUCGUUGAUAGUCCGCCCGUCCUACCUUUAGAGGAAUUGCAGGAACAGUUUGAUGACUCCACUCCCGCCUACAUUCGCACCUUUUCCAAGUACCUGUACGACCAUUGGAGUUCUCGGCGCACCGCGACUGGUAACCGUGGUCUUGCUCCGCGGCUGAAAUUCGAGACGGGUCAAGAGUCUGACGACUCCGAUCCAUAUGUGUGUUUUAGAAGACGAGAAUUGCGACAGAUUCGCAAAACUCGAAAUCGCGAUGCUCAGAGUGCCGAAAAACUGCGGAAACUCCGCCUCGAGCUGGAGACGGCACGUAGCAUGCUGUUGAUGGUCAAGCGAAGAGAACUGCUCCGUAAAGAGUGCCUCGAAUCUGAUCGUCAAGUGUUUGAACAACGCCAGGCACUGAGAGACACCAAGAGGAAGUUGGGCAUAAAAGGCGACGAAGAACUGCUCAUCAACCAAAAGAAGCAAAAGUUGCCUCCAGGCAUGACCCCGAAUCAAGCCGCCCUUGCCCAACAACUCCGUAUGCCCAUGGCUCCAGGACCUGGCAUCGAACUUCGCACAUUGGAAGACGUCACUACCGCUCGCGAACGCGAGAUCCAGAAGGAGAUCCAGAUCAAUGUCGAGAAGCAUAUCAGAUGGAAUGAAGGGUUCGUCGACAAGACAAUGGCACCACUUACCCCCGAAGCUGAAGACUAUCCAUCACCGGAUGGGUAUUUCCGACAGGCCAUGGCUGCCACAGAGUAUCUGCCGACGCCGCCAGCUAGUAUCUCGGAUGAUGAGGGGCAGUAUCCACCUGAAGGCGCCGACCUCGUGAUGAAGGAUGCGUCUCGCUCAUCGACACCUUUCCGCUAUGCCAGUCCGGCAGAUGAUGACAGUGUCGAAAAGAUGCCGUCUUUCAGACGAAGAAUAGGUCGUGGCGGCCGUAUCAUAAUUGAUCGAAAGCUUCCUCGCGUCAGACAGGAUGUUUCUGAUGACAGAUUCAAAUUCGAUUGUUCGGAUAAUGAUUCGGAUAUCGAUUCGAACAUCGACAUGACAUAUGCUCGCAUGUCACAGCGAGCAUACCUUCUCGGCAACAGUGCAGGUCAAACUGUCUCGUCUCGACGUGCCACAAUUGAAGGCGGCGGUCCUAGUCAGUCGCCGUCGGGACCACAAACACUGCCAACCCCUGCACCUUCUUGA